UUUAAGAUUUGCUAUUGCCAACCUUAAACAAAAAUUAAAUUUUACUUAAUUAGAUACGUUUUACCCGGACAAAAUGUGGUGUCUACACUCGCGCUUGGAAAAAGUCCCUUCCCUUCUCCAGUUUCUACUUCCAUGGGGAAGGAUCUCUCGCGAAGAAAAGUGACUUCGAAGGCAAAGAAGCAUAUCCAGGUGUUCAGCGACAAGCGUGCUUCCUCCUCCUCCGGCGGCGGCGGGACUGCUCUUGUUUCUGCCACCACCGCUGCUGCCAAUCGACGACAGAGCCCUAUUACUCUGCUUCCUCAUUACGACGCCUGUCGUCGUUAUUAUCAUGGGUUCUUCUGGUUUUGGCUCCAUGGCCAACUCUAUACACCCAUGGCUUGAUGGUAUUAUUCUUUAAAAGUGGAGAUCCUCUGUUCAAGUCCGGAAUACGACCGUAGCGUCGGUUUGGUUAUCAUCAUCGAUCACCUUGGUUUCAUGGAUCCGACCGGUACUCUGUAUUCUUUGCCACCGGCGAAAUAGUGAUGGCCGUCGGUGACGGAGCUUGACCAUCACUGCGAUUCCUGGUUUGAAAAAUUUUGAAUUCCGUUAUUUCAGGCUUUAAUUGCGACGGUCAUUACUAUAUAUUGAUUGUUCUAAUUCAUUCUAAUUGGCUUGAAGAUUUCUGUGAUUUAUUUCCAUUUAUGUUUUCAUAUUUCUUAAUGGCGGCAGUGAUUAGGUCGUUUCCCACAACAACGUGUGGGCUUUAGGUAAUGUAAUUUAAUUGAGGCCCCAGUUUUAAAUUUCAUUUACUUUUUACCGUUUUUUAUUGUUUCCGUUUUUAGGGGUUCUUAAUUUAUUUUGAAUUUAUUAUUAUUAUUUUCAAUUCUUACUUUCCGUAAUUCUUCUUCUUUUGGUUUGUUUGACUUUCUUAGUAGAGUCAAAUUUUUCAAAUGGUUUUUUUUAUUUAAAUUUUCGGCCUUUGAAAAUUGAUUGCUACCUAUAUUUUUUUGCUACAACUUUUAUUGUUGUCGUGCUUGGUAAUUCUGAUAGAGUCUUCUUUUAUUUAAGUGGGAUAUAUUUUUUCUUGUAUAUGCUAGUUCAUUUGUCUUGUUUUGCAGGGGAUGUUUCCUUUCCUGCCAUAUUUAGACGCAAUCAAGUUGCCUUAUUUCA